UAUGGGGUUUACAUUGGAAAGUGUUUGUGAUAAUUGUUCAACCAAUGGACUUAGUGAUUAUCAUCCAUUCUGCAGCAUUCUGCAUGAUUCAACAGUGGAAAUUCCUGAUAAUUUUUGAAAGCGUCUUCAUUUGAGAAAAAAUCUCAAUAAAAUAGAUACGAACUUAUGUUUCGAGCUGAAUUGUUAUCUAAUUACGUACGGUACACGCUAUCUAGCGCUUCUUUUUGUUUGUUGAUGAGCCUACAGUUACAUCACCUAUCAUUAGCACACACCGUUGCUGGCUUCCCCGAGAAAAGCUCACGUCCCCGUAGGAAAAAAAGAAACUUCAUCAACCGUUAUUAUCAUACCCGUCCGAUAUCGGUAUCGAACCGUCUUAUCAAUCGGAGGUUCUUUGUACGCGUGCGUUAGAUAUGGAAAAGCCUCCGGAUCGUACGCACGGUCGGCUCCCCUCAUUUACACGGGCAUUCGUUCCCAACUUCAAAGCAGCUUUGUGAAGAAGACACUCUCUCACAAACAUACAUAAACUCUUCCAGCAUACGGAGCACGGAGAGGGUACCCACUGGACCUGAAAGUGGGUUUUUUUUGCACCCGCCUGGUAAUUUGCUAAUGAUUGCUGAACGUGACUAGCGCUGACCGGGCGUUCGAAAGGUGCAAUGGUAAUAAUUUCAAGCCCCCUGGAUGGCUGGAUGCUCCACUGUAUCAGCCCAACUCGCUUGCCUGGGCGAAACAAAACUAAAAAACACAAACAAUCACCAACACCAAAAAGACUAAGAAAAUACAAACAAACUAACCGUUAGUGAUUAAAUCGGUGAACAGCGCUUUCGUAACCACCGCUACGCCGUUACCGCGUGCGCGCGAUCAGGUCGGGAAGUAGCGUUAGCGUUGCGAACGGUUCCAAUCGUUACCUUUCCCAUGUGUCCUGUGGGGCAACUACCGUGUUGCCCAUUCAGAACCUGCAAGCCCCGUGGCAUCUACCGUGCGCACCUCAAGCAGGCAAACACAGCCCUCAAUGACGCGGUGAUAAGAUAAACGGGCGCACGCUGAUAAACGGGAUCCGUUCCUACAGUACAUCUGAACACGCUGGACAUCGGCGGCUAGUCGCUGGUGGAUCAGGUGCAAAUCGGUCCUACAAAGGUGACCGUCGGGUCGAUUCGCUGUGUGGUGUGUGGUCGUAGUUCCUAAGUGCCAAAAAACGACCAGCAAACAGCGAACACAGCGGAAACGAAAGAAGCGUCCGCGAAUCGUCCGAAAAAAAGUGAAGUGCAUGACAUCACCAACCACAUCCGAACAACCGUGCCAGUGAAUUCCAUCGUGUGCGCACCUUCCAGAAUGACCGAUCUCUCCCGGCACCACCAUCACCAUCAUCAGGGCAAUGGGUUCGGGUCCGGCAGCAGCAUACACGACUAUCCCGAGCAUCUGAAUCCCUUCUACGAGGAUGAAAAUCACAAACGUCUUCGCUUUUUGGAGCACAAGCCGGCACCAAAAUCCCAGCGCCGCGGUAGCUUGUCCAGUUUGCGCGAUGGACUCCGGGAGCUAUGGCAAUUUUCAUCGAUUCGCUUUGGCAAAAAGCGCUCAUCAACGCUGGGCAUUAACAAAACGUCCGAAAGCCCUCCACCGCUGCGAAGGGAUACGUACGAUGUCGACUCCUUCGGAAGUACCAGUGGUUACCGCAACACGGUGAACGCUCCCGGCUAUGGAACGACACGCGAAAGUCAGUCGUACACCACGACACCGCUGUUCGUACGCCAAACACGAUACCGCAGUUCCAUGCAAGACCGUCAGGACAACGGCGGUGAAAUUGGAUUUAUGAGGAAUGAUCGCUACCGCAGCACCAUUCAGAAUGGGUUCGCUACGUACAACACCGGAAUGGUGACGUCUACGCCACGAAAGAAGCAAGCACCUCCCACACCGUACGGCACAACAUCACGAGCGGGGCAGCAACAGUACAACAAUAUCAAUCCUUUCGAAGCGGACCUGGAGCCAGAAGGGGACACCCUCUCGACGGUUAGUGUGGACAGCAGUUACAGCAGUACGCUACGAUCGCGCACCUCCGGAACGAGAACACGCACGAAGCGACGGGCACCACCACCACCUCCAGUGGCCAUUACACCUGCAAAUCGCGUUGUCCCAUCACCAGAGGAAUCAUCCGUCGUAGAUGAGGCUCAAAAUGAAGACCUUCGCAAUCUUACCGCCGAAAUUGAAAGCUUUGUGCGUAUUUCAUCCAGCAACGUGGACACUUCCACCAAAGAUACAUCGACCAUACGAACGGAUGCGAUCGUGGAAACGCGAGAGAUUAAACCCCACGAUCUUAAUAAUAACAGUGCACAAGCUGAGAUUCCUACUACAGUAUCGACGAUAGAAUGCGAAAUUGUGCAAAAUAGACGAACAGUACAAGGUACGGAACACGAAUCAUCCCAGAUUCAGAAGGAAACCAACAUGGAACUACAAACAGUACCAAAGGAAGAGAAAAGAGAUGAAGUACUAAUAGAAUCACCAAAACCAACAGAAUUGCAUACUAGCACAUCGAUUUCUGUUGACACAGCUGUAUCGGGUUCUAUCGAAACAAGCCCAAAGCCUUCACCCAGAAAAAAGGCGGACAAAACGCAAACUGAAAUUACUGUUGAUGCUGUUACCACUAACCCUCAGCCAGACGUUGAUUUUGAAAAUCUCGCUCUGCCAGAAACCCCAGUCCCAACGAGAAGGUCAAACCGUGAAAACCGCGAGAAAUACAUUACUCAAGAUGUAACAACGAUCCACAAAACGUCGUACGAAAAGCCUACCAUGGCACCGAAAGCAGCCCUCCCAUCAACCACCGAGGAGGGAGAUGACGAUGAAGGUCCAACAACCACGAUCAUAGUGGAUAACUUGCGGUACAAGCAUAAGGUGGCUCCAAUUCAUACCGAGAUUAGCACCAAGAUCGAAAAUGCACGCAUGAAAAUAAGUGAAUCUACCGGCAACCUCCCAACGAUCGCGAACGAAAGCGGCAACAACGACAGGCGCCGCUCUGUUAGAGAUAUUAUCGAGUCAAUCAAUAAGAGCCAGAGCAUGCUCAAGGUUAACCACGAUCAGUCGACCAAUGGUUUGCACGAAACACAGUCGACUGACAGCAUGGCACGAAACAUACGGGAGCUCAAUGAACGCGAAAGGGAAAUUCAAAACUUGCUGCAAGAUAUCGACACACGCUAUGGGACGCAUAGUGCUGAAGGUGAUAGUACGCUCAGCGAAGUCGCUACCGCCAGCGAACUUCCAAUGCUGUCCGACGGUCGAGGAUCGUACUAUGAUAACUUAACGGAUGAUAAUCUUAAUGAUAACUUGGACGACAAAAAUAACGCUGCUUCGGGAUUCCGCGUUAAGAAAAGUCCCACCAAAACAGUGCUCAUUGCGGAGGGUGGUGACGACCAACAGUUUCAAGAUUGUAUCAAUUGGAACCCGCUACCGAAACCGAGACGUAGCCAUAUUUUGACGGAAAAUGGAGCAGAUUCCCAGCAGGAAGCAACGAUAUCUAAUGCACCAUCCUGAUGUGCCUUCAACUAGUUGUUUACCUAUUUGUUCGAUCUUGUACUAUUUAAUAGAAGAUACUGCGUGAUUGUACUUUAGGGACACAAAAUAGAAUAAACUUUCUGUUGCAAUAUUAUUUAUACCUUAAAA